AUGCCUGCAGAAAUUGCAGUCGAACGGAAACCUGAACGCACCGCUCACUCGCAUAGUGGACCUUCUGUAACAGGUGCAGAAAACAGGAAAGGAAGCAACAGUUUAUCGAAUGGUGCUAAGUUAAUCACAUCAGAAGAGCGGGAUAAUGUUGAAAGAAAUUCUGAUGAUGAAUACGGCACAGGUUUUAGAGACGACAAGCUAGAAGUUGCUUUUGAAGACAGACUAAGGCGGACUCGUGGAUUUGUCAUCAAGAAGAUGCGUGGCGAUGGUGCUUGUUUAUUUAGGGCUGUUGCCGAUCAAGUUUACGGUGAUGAAGAAAUGCAUCUAGAUGUGAGACGCCUUUGUUUGGACUAUAUGGAAAAGAAUAGGGAUCACUUUUCACAAUUCGUUACUGAGGACUUCUCAGAUUAUUUGGCUAGGAAACGAAGACCUGACGUUGAAGGCAAUCAUAUUGAACUGCAAGCUAUAUCAGAGAUCUAUUUACGUCCUAUCGAGCUUUAUGAGUACUCUACAGAGCCGAAAAAUAUAUUCAACCCACGGAUUGAACCGUCAAGUUCCUUAGAUCCAAAUGCUCCUUUGCGUUUAUCGUACCAUGGUUCUUCACACUAUAAUUCAGUUAUUGAUCCUCUGAAUGCCACGAUUGGAGUUGGCUUAGGUUUACCUGGUUACUCCCCAGGGGCGGCUGAUAGAAGCUUAAUGCAUGAGGCCUUACGCACGUCUGAAAUUCAAGCACUGGAAGAAGCUAUGCUGAAGGACAAAAUAAAGUUAAGUGACUAUGAGCGUACUGAACAGGAAAUUAAUGAACAGGUUGCGAGAGAAUCGUACAUGGAAUAUGUCCGUAAUCUUGAAAAUCGACAGUCAGGAGGACAAGUAAGUGUGGCUGGGAACAAACGUUCUUCACCAGACAGUCCUCCUGCUUGCUCUUCGUCUCAUUGUGCUAAAGUUCGUGCCAGGGAACUUAGUCCCGGAAACUCGAAUUCCGAUAGUACAAAAAAUGUUGAAGAUACCGGUACAAGGCUGAGUACGUUCAGCAGUGAGGCCUCUUCAAUUAUCGGGGCAAGCGAAUGGGCUCACGCGGCAAUGAAUGAUGCAGACGAACGGGCUCUGCUUGCGCAGGUCCUAGCCAUAUCUCAUCAAGAGUAUCUUGAAUCGUUAAGAAAGAAAUCGGGGGAUAAAUCUGACCAUGACCAAGCAGGAAGCAGCAAAGCUCGAUAA